AUGCUGCAUAUUUUGCCUCGAGCUUCAACUUCUACUCAAGUUCAGCGUGCUGUGGAAGCAGUUGCUGCUGCCCAUCUUCAUCACCUUGGAGCGGAGUCACGCGAGCGUGCAACACAGUUACAUUCGCAAGCUCUUAAGUUACUGGCCUCAGAGCUUGCCUCUCCCAAUCUGGAUGAGACAUCGCGUAUUAAUGGCCUAGCUUGUAGUUUACUUUUGAUCUAUUACGAGAUUGUACUGGGAAACUCAGCAGAGAAUGCUUGGUGUCAUCUAACAGGGGCGAAAGUGCUCCUGGAGUAUCACAUGCACCAAAUAUCGCAUGAGCCGCCGUGUAUUUCCUUCUUCCGCAAAGUAUUUCAAUACUUCAAUGUGAUGCUAGCACUUUCUAUGGAAAGACGCCCCUUGUUAAUCACCGGCCAUCGUGGACCCGAGUUCAUCGAUAAAAUGGACACUGUUUUUGGAUGUGCCGGACAACUUUGGCCACUGAUGCAUCGGCUUGCCGACCUCUUUGCACGUGUCCAGCUGGGAGAGGAUGUGAGCCACGAUGCUCAAUCAUUGAUAGAAUCAUUACAAGCCUGGUCUAUCGAGUCAUCACCAUCAAGCAAUACAUAUCUAGAGGCAACACUGCAAAUCGCCAACGCUUAUAAGUUCUGCGGUAUUCUGAUGUUACAAAGAGCCAUUCCACAGAUCGAGAUCGAGACUGAACGUGGCGAUUCGCAACGGCAGCAUAGCAAGAUCUAUCGGUCUGCGUUUGAUUGCGUCCUCCGAGUAUGUGUCUUGUCGACACCCAUGGCCACACUUACAUGGCCGCUAUAUGUGGUGGGGCGACUGGCUAAAUCUGCGAGUGAUCGCACGCUCGUCUUACAUAUAUUCUCUCAAUUUCUUGAAAAGCAUCAUAUGAUGGUUGUUGAUGGAGCAAAGAACGCUGUCAAGAACCAUUGGAGUGAGGAAUUGACCCUGCAGUCUCAUUCUUGGAAUUCAGCCCCAGUCCUUCUAGGAUGA